CCUUUAAAUCUGCUGCAUGCAUGACCUCUUUUUGUGGAAAAAGAAGAGAAAACCUCUGUGCAAGAGGCCGAAAAAUCUGACUUACUCACCCGACACCGUUGAUUGGCUUGCACACAACCGGAUGGCCGAUCGACCACUGCACUGCCUCCUCCAAUAAUGCAGAUCGACCGAUGGAUCCACAUCCACUGAGGCAGUCAGCCAGCCAGCCAGUCACUCUCCCUCGCCAUCACCAAGUCACCAACCACCAGCGGCGGCAGUGCCAGGAAUGGCAUGAUUGCACGGUUCCGGCGAUCCGACGGCCACGUACCCGCCGACGUCGCAUGCCAUGCGCAGUCACGCUUCGCCAUGGAACGAACGAGGAUCCCCCCUCUGCUCUGCCCUGCCCCCGGUGUCACAUCCGUCGUCCUCUCCCAGCUCUCUGCCACCGCAUAUGCGCCCCCGCCGGUAGGUGCGGCUAGGCUAGCCUCAUGCACCUGGGUAGCUCGCCCGCCAUAGCCCGUCCCCACCCCGCAGCCAGGACCGCGGUGGGGGCUCCGCCACUGCGCUGCCGCACAUGCUCCCCGGAUCGAUCGGUCGAUCGGAUCGCUCGCUUCCUUCCCCACCGCCUGCCACUGCCACCCCGCCGCUGCCUACUCGCUGCCCUUGUUUGUUCCCCUCCCCUCCCCGCCCGGUAAAACGCACGCACUGCUCCUCCGACCGGCGUCGCGCGCCGCUCGUUUUCACCGCGCCGUUCUCCUUUUAACCCGGCACCGGCUGACGCCCGCCUCGGUCACCCGCUGUUAAGUGCCCGCCUGCGCCCCGCUCGACAGCGCGCACAGGCCGCAUUCAACUCGCCUGGGCCACCACCACCACCACCGCGCCCUCCUCCAUAUCAUCCCGCCCGGCCGCCCUCCACCUCGCGCCGACAGACGUAACAACCCACCCCGCACAGCUCUGCGCGUGUCCGCCCCGCCUCCACUGCUGGCAUUUACGUGGCGCUGCUGCUGCUGCCGCUGCCGCUGCGCUUGCGCGCGCGCGGAGCGGGAGGACAUGAGCCGCGGCGCGCACCGGGAGAUGCCGGCAGCGGGCGGCGGCGCGGGGGCGAAGAUCAAGGCCACGCCCCGGGCGCUCUUUUCGUGUGGCAUCUUCAGCACCUGCACGCACCCGGCGCUCAGCCCCACGGCCACGCCCAACAACAAUGCCGCGGCGGGGAAUGGUGGGGUGAAGGGUAGUGGUGGUGGUGGUGGGUCGGCCACGCCCGGCGGCGACGCGUCGCCGGCGCUGGUGGAGGCGGCCGCGGCCUCGGCGGUGCCGUCGCCGGUGCAGUGGCAUCGUCAGAAGCAGGUGGUCCACGGAGGUAAUGCUAAUGGCAGCAACGGCGCCGGGCCGUCGUCGUCUUCCUCGUCCUCCUCGAGCUCCGCGUCGCAGAGCUUCACGCAGUGGCGGCUGCCGGUGCACCACCCGCCGCACGCGGCCUCGUCGGCGUCCGCGGCGGGGGCAGGAGCGGCCAGCCACGCGGUGGCGGGCAGCACGGAGAAGUUCGCGGCGGGGGAUGUGGUGGCAGCGCUGCGUGCGGUGGAGCGGGAGAUGGAGGCCACAGAAACUUCCAAGACGGUGCCGCCUGGCGUUGUUGCCGGGGUGGUGGCCGCGGUGCGGGAGCCGGCGACGGCGAGGCUGGCGGCGAAGGUGCUGCUGGUGAUGCUCCUGGAGGAGGGGAACCGGGAGGCUGCUGUGGAGGCGGGCGCGGCGUCUGCAGCGGUGGAGGCGGUGGCGGCGUCGGGCCCCGCGGGCGCCACGGCAGAGCGCGCGCUGGCGGCGCUGGAGCUGCUCUGCACGGCGGCCGGCGGCACCGCAGCCGUGCGGAGGGAGGCCCUGGCGGCGCCGGUCCUUGCUUGCGCCGUGGAGGGCAUGUCCGGGCGCGGGCGCGAGUGCGCCAUCGGCGUGCUGGCGGCCAUCUACGGCGGCGAGGAGGCGGCCGGCGCGUCCCCGCCGCCACCGGAGGUGGUCAAGGGGGUGGUGGGGGCGAUGCAGGGCGAGUGCAGCGCGCGCGGGCGGCGCAAGGGCGCGCAGCUCCUCCGCGCGCUCCAGGAGGGCGGCCGCCUCGGGCUCGCCUGGGACGGCGUCGGCGGCUCCUGAUGAGGCGACUCGCAACCCGCCACGCCGGCCGGCCGCCUCGGCGUCGGCCUCACUCCACUCCACUCCACUCCACUAUACCGAAGCUCGAGUAGAAUCGUACGUACCCCACGCGCAGUGACGGCCUGACGGGACGGCGGAUGAUGAGCGGACUGGAUCUUUCCGAUUAGGUGGCGCGGCCGAUGGGGCCGGCGGUCGCCGUUGCAACAGCCUUGGGUGGUUGAUUACAUUACUCCUACAUCAGAUAAUGGAAGUCCGUCAGUCACCUCUGUACUAGUACCAGUGUAGGGUCCGAUGACAUGAGAUGAUCUUGAUUUGUAGCGGCGGUGCCGACUGCCGACUACAUUCAUCCAUCAGUGAGAUGAGAUGAGAUCUGGCUGUCCCACGAAUGAAUCCUCUCUGCAUCUCCUCGUUCGGCCGUUGCGCCGAGCAUCGGAACCCAUCUGCCCGGCGAAAAAAGGGUCGAUUUUUAUGUGGUUUUUUACAGUAGUAGAUCUCAGUAGAUGCCGCUGGGCUACCCACGUCUGAGAAAAGACAAGCAUUGCACCACAGUACGUACGUACUGCUGCUUAUCUCCUCGCCGCCGGUUAGAUUUGGUAGGAGCGUUGCCUCUCACCGGAAAUGGCACUCUGUGGCGGCCUUUCUCAGUGUUGCUGGGUAAUCGAGCUGCUCUGAACCGCACUAAACAGUGGCACUGCUUCUAUUU